AUGAAUUUCACUCCUCUAAACCCACGGCCUUUGCUCCAGAGCUUGAUCAACGAGGAAGUCAUCAUCCGCUUAAAAUGGGGACAAACAGAAUACAAAGGCCGUCUCAUCAGCGUCGACUCGUACAUGAACAUCCAGCUCUCUAACACAGAGGAGUAUAUCGACAGGAAGCAUACCGGGACUUUGGGGCAAGUCCUCAUCAGAUGCAACAAUGUUUUGUGGAUCUCUGCUGCCAAGGGCGUCGAGAUGAACGGCGAAGGGCCCGACACCAAGAUGGAGGACUAG